UAAAUUAACUUUUUUGUGCGAAACGAGCAAACAUUUUGCCUGUAAUAAUUUAAGCUUGUGCAGCAAGAAUUCUCCAGCGUACAAGAUGGUGACGACAUUGCCUGUGCAAUCUCUCUCCGUCUACAGGUAUCGCGAGAUUACUGCAUAAUCGGCUUGGCGAUAAGAAAUCGAACAAGAGCUUCCACCCGCGCGUUACUUAACGUGUCGUUGAUCAUUUGUGUUGUGGCUGUUGGACGGGUAUACGUUCGCGGAAACGUCGUGGGAACAGAACUAUUUGCCGUGGACGCAAUUAGUGCCAAGAUGUACUUUGAAAAACGUUCUUCAUAUGUGUUACUAAGUGCAUUGGGUGUGUUAUUGGCAUUUCAGCCAGCAGCAGUACUCGCGCAAGAUGCGAAGGAUACGAUAAACCUGCAGGACAUUGAUAUUAAUAAGCUAAAGGACGUUGAUAUAAAUAAGCUGAAAGACGAAGUCUUCGCAGACCUACUUCCACCAGAACUGAAGAACGUGACACUACCGAAGAUUGAAGAUAUACUGGCUCACGUCAAGGAUAAGUGUUCAAAGGUAGCCGGAAGCGGUGCCUCGUACGACGAAGCUGAACAGGCCGCGCAAAACUUUGGCGAAUGCAUGAAGGAUCUCGUCGAUUUCGAGAGUCUGCCGGAAGAGAUAAAGAAAGCCAAACCCACUGGUGAUUUGGAUACCGUGUUCAACAAGUAUUGUCGCAGACGGUCCGCUGCUAUCGAAUGUGUCGAUACCUUCGCUAACAAGAUCGAUGUUUGCCUGGAUAGUGACGAAAGAGAGAGCAAAGUGGUAUUGGUCAACAUUGUGCACGGAUUGCUGAACUUUGUUUGCCACAAAGAUGGAGAUCAGAUUGCAUUAUUCAUUGCAGAGGAAGGGCCAGAAUGUUUCUCCGAUCAGAAAGAUGCUCUAAUCGACUGCGCCAACAAAACGUUGUCCGGAUAUUUGAACGACGAUACCCCUUCUUCCUCGACGAAUGAAUUGCCAAAGCUUGUCAUGGGGAAAAAGCAGUGCGACGAAAUGACCACACUUCAGGAGUGUAUGGUACAGGUCCUGGAAGGCUGCAAAGAGUCUACACCAGCGAACUUGGUUGAAUCAUUGUUUAAGUUCGUGCGCCGAGAAACCCCUUGUGCCAAUUUGACGGGAGAAGCCACCCCAAGAAAGCAGGCCCACGGUGCUGGAGAGCUUACCAAGCCAUCAUACCACAGCAUAAUUAUUUCGACUUGGAUUAUGGCACUGAUUGCAAGCAUACUCGGUCGCUAAACAUCCAUUCGAUCAUUGCAACAUCCGUUCCUAUUUUUAUUGUGAUGCUCAUCGGAGAGAAGGUGAAACCACGUCUGGUUUCAUUUAGGGAAUUUUAACUAGGAAAUGCAGGGUCUUUUUGGAAGUGGCUUUAAUCGAACAAACUCUAAUGCAUCUUUCUGCCGGGCAAUUGAAUGAAUAGGUGCUGUGGACAAAAU